CUUUUUUGUGUUAUAUCAAUGUUUAUAUAAGAGCACAAGGUUUACCAUUUGCUUCAUCAUCUUCUUCCCACAAACAUAGAAAGAACAUCAUCAAAGGGGCAAAGAGCAAAUUAAAAUGCUGAACAAAAAAAGUCAUUUUGUUUUCACAUUUUUGGCGAUACUUCUGCUCUUGCCCCUUAGUUUUUUCUCCAGUACAAAUGCCCAUAAACCGUUGAGGAGACAUCUUUUGAGCCAUGAAUCAGAGAAUUAUGCAGUUAUAUUUGAUGCUGGAAGUACUGGCAGCAGAGUUCAUGUCUUUCGUUUCAAUGAGAAUUUGGAACUUCUUCCCAUUGGCAACGAUAUCGAGUUUUUCAUGGCGACAAAACCAGGUCUAAGUUCAUAUGCAGAUGAUCCUAAGGCUGCAGCCAACUCUUUAGAACCACUUCUAGAGGGAGCUGAAGGUGCUGUUCCUAAAGAAUUGCAAUCGGAAACUCCCCUCGAACUUGGGGCAACAGCAGGUUUGAGGAUGUUAAAAGGGGAUGCAGCAGAAAAGAUUUUACAAGCGGUGAGAGAUUUAGUCAAAAAUGAAAGCACCUUCCACACAAAAGAUCAAUGGGUCAGUAUUCUUGAUGGAACUCAAGAAGGCUCUUACAUGUGGGUUGCAAUAAAUUAUCUAUUGGGAAAUUUGGGUAAAAACUAUAAAAGUACCACAGCAACAAUUGAUCUAGGUGGUGGUUCAGUCCAAAUGGCAUAUGCCAUAUCAAAGGAACAUUUUGCAAAUGCUCCUCAAAAUGAAGAUGGAGAACCCUACGUUCAAGAAAAACAUCUUUUGGCAAACGAUUAUUAUCUCUACGUCCAUAGUUAUUUGAACUAUGGACAGCUAGCUGGCCGUGCUGAGAUUUUCAAGGCUUCAAGAAACUAUAGUAAUCCUUGCGCUUUGGAAGGAUAUGAUGGGUACUACUCAUAUGGAGGAGUGAACUACAAAGUAAAAGCUCCAUCAAGUGGUACUAGUUUGAAGAAAUGCAGGGCAUUAACUAGGAAAGCACUUAAAAUUAGUGCACCAUGCAAUUACAAGAACUGCACAUUCAAUGGAGUUUGGAAUGGUGGAGGUGGAGCUGGAUCCAAGACUGUGCAUGCUUCAUCAUUUUUCUAUGAUAUUGGUGCUCAGGUUGGCAUUGUGGACAGCAAAUUUCCAUCAGCAAUAGCAAAGCCAAUUCAGUACCUAAAUGCUGCUAAAGUUGCUUGCAAGACAAAAGCAGCAGAUAUAAAAUCUGUAUUUCCAAACGCUCAAGAUAGAGAUAUCCCAUACUUAUGCAUUGAUUUGGUAUAUGACUACACUUUGCUUGUCGAUGGAUUAGGAUUAAAUCCAUACAAAGACAUUACAGUGAUGCAUGAUGUCAAAUACAAAAAUUAUCUUGUUGGAGCAGCUUGGCCAUUGGGAUGUGCCAUUGAUUUAGUUUCUUCAUCUCCAAAGAAGACUAGAAUAUCAUCACAUUAGUGUUAUGUUAUUCAAAUGUUGCAAUAAUGUCAUGCCCUUUGCUUUGUUUUCUAUCUUGUAUUUUGAGUCACUUGAUAUUAAUGGGCAUUUCCUGUGGAUUCAAGAUUUUG